AAAAAAAACAAAAUUCAGAGUUAAACAUUUUUCUCCAUCUAUUCUGAAUAAACAAAAUGGCGUCAAGAUCAACAUCAUUUCUCCUCCUGUCCUUUAUGAUAUUUUGCACAAUUAUGUUGCUUGUAACCGAUGUAGCAAGAGCUUUGCCACUAUGUGUCUCGAAAGAUGAAUACAAAUCCCCUUUUGGUAUAUGGUGUGGUGAUGGAAUUGGAGGAACGUGUUUCCAUUUUUCUUGUCAAAUGGAUAUGGAUUGUAGGAAAAUUGUUCGUUGUAAUACACCAGGACCUUAUUGUAGGAAGGGAGUAUGUAGUUGUUAAAAAAAAAUGCAUGGUUUAUUAUGUAACUUCUAAUGCAUUAAUGAAAUAAAGUUUUGGGGCAAUUCUGUUUUCUGGAUCUGUUGUCGAUUUAUA